UUUGUGUCCUAUUUGGGCGCAGAGGUUCUGCGAAAGCCAAAGACAACAUGUCGGGAACGUAAUGGCGGAGAGCUACCAAAACACUACUUUUGCGAGCGACGAAUUACAAAAUCCUGGACUUCUCGUGAGGAAGAAUACCGGUGACCCGAGUCAGCCACAAACCGAGAAGCCUUUCCAUUACACGUACCUGAAGGAGUUUAGAGUUGAACAGUGCCAGCUAUUUUUGCAGCAUAAGUGCUCACAACAUCGGCCAUUCACUUGCUUUUAUUGGCAUUUUUUGAAUCAACGCAGACGAAGACCAAAGAAAAAGAAAGAUGGAACCUUUAAUUACAGUCCAGAUGAAUAUUGCUCACAAUACAAUGAAACAACAGGAGAAUGCCCACAAAGAGAUGAGUGCCCUUACCUUCAUCGGGUAGCUGGUGACGUUGAACGACGAUAUCAUUUGAGGUAUUACAAAACAUCACCUUGUGUACAUGAGACAGACCCUAGAGGACUGUGUGUGAAGAACGGAGCUCAUUGUGCGUUUGCACACGGACCAGCGGACCUGAGACAGCCAGUUUACGAUAUAAGAGAGUUACAAGCCAUGGAGCAAGAGGAAAAAGGGGAGAAUAGGCAAAUAAUUCCAGAAGAUCCAAGAUGGAAUGAUACUAAGUUUGUGUUAGCUACAUAUAAGACGGAGCCGUGCAAGAAGCCGCCCAGGUUGUGUAGACAAGGAUAUGCCUGCCCUCAGUAUCACAAUAAUAGAGACAGAAGACGAAGCCCAGUCAAAUACAAAUAUAGAUCAACACCGUGUCCAAAUGUCAAGCAUGGAGAUGAAUGGGGGGAUCCUAAUGCAUGUGAAAACGGGGACAGCUGCCCCUAUUGCCAUACAAGGACUGAGCAGCAAUUUCACCCAGAGAUCUACAAAUCAACAAAAUGCAAUGAUAUGCAGCAGACAGGGAACUGCCCCCGUGGACCGUUUUGUGCAUUCGCGCAUCCUGAACAAGAUUCAAUGAUUGCUUUGAAUACAGUGACCAAAGGAGGCGGAAUUUCAAUUAUUCCUGACAAAGAGAUUCUCCAGAGAGGAAUUAGCCAGUCUUCACAUUCUAGUUUAGGGGAAUCUCCCCAGCCAUCCCCUGCCAGCCAGCAACCAAUAGCACGCCCGCACAGAUCAAUGUCAACAUCAGCUUGCAUGGCGUAUAGUUCUGUUGCUGAGCAUGGUAUGAAUAUGAACAGUCCGUUGAGUACAAGUGCUCCUUCGUACGAGAAGGCACCUGGCUCUGGCAGGCGCAGUGGUAGUAUUACUAGCAGAGAUGGAGAUAUGAUGCCUUCCCACCACAUAGGUAGUGAAUGUAGAACAUUGAAUAAGCAAUCUUCGUCAAGCUCCUUCUACGCUUCAUCAAACACGGUAGAGUCAGUAGUCGAAAAUGCCCUAGACGAUCUUCACCUUGGACUGGACGACAUUGAUAUUGGUGACAUAGAUCGAGAUUUGAAUGACAAUGCUUCGAUAGGAUCUUCUAUUGGCUCUGGACCUCUUGGCUCCGCGCCUCUGCAUGUAUUCCAAAAUGUAGGAUCAGAUCCGGUGACCAUACCCGGGUCUGAAAUGAUCAGAAAUCAGUCGAUUACGUCACAGACUUCUACUUCACCAACUUCUCCUCUAGGACAACUGGGGUUCUUUGCUCCGGCGCAGAAUCACAUUGGGUUUGUGCGAAGUCCAUCGGGCAAAAACAACCAACAUUCUUCUUCGUUUUUUGAUGGGAUGAAUGUGCAGUCGCCAAAGCAACAACUGACUUCCCCACUUGGCUUGUCAGCUGUCACAGAUGCGCAGCGUCUCUCAGAGGAGGUCGUUGCCCUGCGAAGUAAGCUGUCGUCAUACGAAGAGUCGUGGAAUCAAGCUAAGCAUGCCUGCGAGGCCUGGAAACGAGAGGCUAGUGAGCAGUGUGAGAAAUCUAAAUCUUUAGACAGAGAAAGAAUGAUGUUGCAAAUAAAAUUAUCAGAGGCGGAAACCGAAUUAAAGAAUCUUAGAGAUGAAAUCGAGGCCCGUCAUGGCGGCCCUCAUAUUUAUAGCUUAAAGAAUGUGAAUGAAUUAGACUCGCUUUCAAUUUUGGAACUGAAACAAAUCCACAAACAGCUCAAGGUGGACAUAUCCCGUUUAGAAAAAGUUAUAAGCAAGAAGGAGACAUUGCUAUGCACUGUCUGUGAAAAUAGUGAACGAAGUUGUUUGACGUUCCCCUGUAGCCAUUGUGUCAUGUGCGAGCAUUGUGCCGCUAAGAAGGAGGAAUGUCCAUUUUGUCACACAGCAAUACAACAGAAGAACGCAAUUUUCAUUCCACUGUGAAGGAGAAAUAGGUUAGGUUGUAUUAAGCCUUUAUUGUUGUAACGUAGCUUGGAGAUGAAGAAUAUGCUUUUUAAAGACACCUUAGAGAAUAAAUUUCAUUAACAUAUGGUUUUUAUGACACUGCAAAGAAUUUGUUGUUAAAGUAUUAAACUAAUUAGAAGGGAUUGAUGAAAACUAGAUUAUUUUUUGUAUUUGUAAGGCCACAAGUAUCUUAAAAAGCCAUUUUUCGAGCAGAUAAAUUGCUUAAGUUAGUGUAAUCCUUCGAACUAUCACCACAGGACAAUGAUUCAAUUGGGUGUUCUGGGGUAUGGUUUUUAAUGAAUUUGUGCCCUUGAUUAAAAGUUUGUUGUUGAUGCUAUAAGGGUUGAAAUUAAAGUUAGUUUUGAAAUUUUCACUUUAGGAGAGAAAAAUUUUCCGGGAGUGAAAAGGAUAUGUUCUAUUGCCUAUGCAUUUUAGAAUUAAAAUUCAAUUCAAAUGAGUUUAUUUAGCGAAAAAUAUGUCCUUGUUUACUAUUUCAUCCUGAAGCAUAAUUUAUAAACGGGGUAUGUUUUACGUUUAUCCUUUUUAACAGGACUUAAAAGUUAGGAUUGCUUUUUGCUGUUUGAAUUGUUGGACAAUUGUGAGAUGGGAGCAUUGUAGAGUUAUCCGAACCACAAUUUAUGCAAAAGGAAUCGCAAAAACACCAUCUUUAGGAUUUUUGUUUUUCUGUGCUUCUUCGCAUAUUUUUAGGCAUAGACAUUUUCACGUUUUGCAUUCACAGUGUAACCCCGGUUUUCUUAGACUCUAUAAACAUUAGUUGCAGUAAUGGCCUUUAGUUGUUCUUUGCAGUGUCAAACGACAGCCGUUGCUUUGGGACACCUCAUUUUACUAAAUGACCAAGUUGCCUAAUCUGCUUUCGUAUCUCAGGUUUGGUUUUAUCUUUUACUGAUUUCCAAAAGCCUUAUUUGGAAUGUUGAGAUACAUUGCCAUUAGUGGCUUUAGCCUAGCAAUAGCUGUUGUCCAUUCAGAUUUUUUCAUUUGCCAUCUAGGUGAAACUAUUAAAGAUGUUAUCUUAAGUAUAGAAAGUUGUGUGUUUUCACUCAUGUACUCUGCAUCUGGCUGCAGCAAUUUCCAUGCGACUCUGUGACAUAAAUGGUAUUUACAAGCAGCCUUUUGAGGCCCCUAUUUCGGUUACAAAGAGAUUUCAGUUACGCAAGUUUCAGUUAUCGCUCGUUUCCAACCCCUAGUUCUCGUUUCCAUUACAAACCCUCGUUGACAGUUAACUUCCUUGUUUUAAGCCUAGCCCUAUGUCUGCUCUAGACUGUUGUUGAAAUCCAUUCCCAUUUUGGUCAAAGCAAAGGGUUUUGUUUUGAUAAGCAUUUCAAGACUAGCCUGCGCCCAGUCUUUUUGCUGUUGCUGUUGCUGAACGGAAAACGUAAGCAUAAUUUCCAAGACAGCAACAGCAAAAACAUUGCUCGCAGGGUUAAGGCCCCCUUAAAACUUUAUUGGUCAACAGAGUUCAUUAGCAGCAAAUAGUUUGAAAUCGAUAGAAACAGAGUCAAAUAAUUAGCAUGAUUUGAAAGCAUACCGCUUGAAUUAUAGUAAAUCUAGGAUUUAGUUUAUAUAUCGCAUUUAUCCUAUCUUUAAAGUCCUACUGAUCUUAUAUUUUCUAGGAACCUUGAAAUUGUUUGCUAAUUGCGCUGUCUCUAAUGAUUUUUGAAAUUAUUAGAAUAAAUUGCUUACUAGGAGUGAUGCUUGUCACCCAUAUUUUAUAAUAUUAAUCCAAGCAUUGCAUAUCUCUUAAUCUAGAGUGGGAAACGGUUUGAUACGUCCGUCGAAUUUGUCACAGCACCCAAUGUACAGAAUCGAGCUAGUUUUGUUCUAGCACCAUUCUUUCUAAUAAGUACGCAAGCUCUUUUUACACAACCCACGUUUUCUGGACCGAUAUCAAGCGAUAUCAUCUUUGAGCGCUACAUUGUAAGGCCUGAAGCGGUUUUCGGGACUGCGGGGCCCGGAGCCGAAAACAUGCGCUGGGCCAUUGCUCUUUUCAACUCUUAUUAUUUUUCUUAGCUGUGGGGCCUACUGUUGCUACCAUAAGCGCGGGACCUGGGCCGGGGCCCCCUGGACCCCCUCCCCCUAAAACCGCCUCUGUUUUGGGCAAUCCUGCGGUCAAUAUCAGGCAAGCCUAGGAUUUGUAUGAAAAGCAAGCUUGUUAUAUGAAGUACCUCGGUCCAUUAUAUUGCCUCAGCAACUGUUGGCGGUUUCUCUCGUCGAGAAUUUUCCAUAUUCACUUUGCCCUUGAAUAGGUUUAUACUCACCCCUUUUCCCUUAAUUAACAUAUUGAGGUCAAAUUCCUAUUAUUUCAUUUAGCUUUAUAACCUAUUGAUCUCAGGAACGUCACAAAUACUCUGUUUUAUAGCGUUUAUGUAUUUUGAACGUACGUAGCUUUUGGAGUAGGGAUUCCAUGUCACUAGCUUUUACUCAAUAGUAUAUAAUGAAUUCCUUAAAGACAAAGCCAGUAGAGAAAGAAUCAUUAAGGCGCUUUGCCAGAUUCAAAGCACUGAACUCUAUAUUAGUUCUAGUAGUCUCGAAAAGACUUAUUUCUCUUUUUAAAACGAGGUUAUGGCACUGCGUAUCUACACUUUGCGCUGCUGCGUAGCUUUUCACAAUUAAGAUAUGAUACAGGAAGAAGUAAUGUUCUAGUAUAGUGCUGCAAUCUCAAUGCUGGCGUUAGAUUCGUUUACUUCAUAAUGUGAUAGCAUAUGUCGUGGGAUGUCUGCUGUCAUAUUUGCAGUAUUUUGCGUUCUUUGUGUUAAAAAUUCGUCAUGAUUCAGCCCCCUGUCAAAGUUAGAUCGUUACGUAUGUUCUGAUCCUAUUACGUUCCUUCAAGGCAGCAGUAAUGCAAUAUGUUUGCAUCAGAAUAAACAUACCGGCGUAUUAGAUCAAUUGUUAUUUUCGUGUAAGAAGUCAGUGGGUAACUUCUCGGACAGUCCUUUGCUAUUGUUGAAACCGUUUAUUGCUUCAAGUAGUUGCUCUGUGUUUAUUCGCCGUAUUUAGUGUUAGUGUUUUCACCUUAUCUAAAAUUAAACCUGUAAUUGUUAGUUAAUAGCCUCCCAGCUUUGCCAUUAGAAAACUGUUAAAUUAAAACGCCCGACUGGGCUAUCGUCGUUUGACAAUAAGCGUUGUUGUCCUAGCCAAAUUCGAUUCCUUUCGACGUAGGAAAGCCUUUUUUUAGCUAUACUAAGUCCAGUAUCAAACCAUGACCGCACUUGUCAUUUUUGCGAAUUCAUAGAAAUUUCCUUCUCUUGCCUUUUUAGUUUUGGGCUAAUCAAACGAAACCUUUGUUUUCAAGUUUCACCAAUUGGUUCGCUUAAUCCCCACCACGUGAAUUCUAACGACACAGCAUCCCAGCAACCCCCCCCCUCCUCCGUCAUGUGGUCAACGAGUAUGCGUAAUGGUAAAACCGCUACUACGCAUGUUUUUCGAUUACAUGGACGGGGGUUGCUUGAUCAUGCGAAAUCAAGCAUUCAAUAAACAGUUCUGUCUCUGCCCUACAAUAAACGAGUAAACCAGUAUCAUUUUGUGACUAGACAUUGCCUUUUCAAACUUUUUAUUAUCUAAUUUUUGUUUUAAUAGCUCUUUUUUCAAACUGCAUUAGGUAUUAAAUUUAAAUAUUGCUAUUGCUUAGUGCAUUGUAAUAAUAAAUUCUCAUGACAAGUAGUUUCAUCAAUUUGAAACAACAUCGAAAACGCAAAAACUCGCAUUUCCCAGAAAAUUCAUAGAAACAAGGAGCCUCUCCAGAUGUUUUAAAAACCGUUGAACUAUAAAUGCCAAAUGAUGAACUAUUCAGAACGUAGCAAUAGUGCGACCAUCCAGAUCGCCAAUACCAAUUCAUUUUCUUGGGGGAGAGGAUUUAGGGCAAAUGGAAAAGAAGUCAUGUGCUUUGAGUUUACAAAUAAUGAGACGGUUGUCACAAAUAACGGGCGCAGUAGUUAGGGAUAAGCUUUCUAUUUAUAGUGAAAACCUUAUUUUGUUAAUUGCAAAGAGCCCCACCCCCACCCCUUCCAAUCUGUCCUAGCACAGUCAGUUACGCCAGGGGGCUAUACGGCGCUGUAUUUAAUUUUCCAUUAUCCCCCGUCCUUGCAGAAUCUCUUCGAAUUUCUCGGCUCCCUGUUUACCAAAUUUGCAGUUCCAGCUAAACGGAACGAAGCCAAUUUUCUUCGUAUCCUAGUUAGACAACACCAAUCUUUGUACACCGUUAUUUUAUCAAUUUUCAUUCUAGAUAGUUAUUUUCUUGAGACUUCAAUAAUUGUAGAAAUGGUGAUGAUCAUACCAUUUUGUUGUAAUUAAUAAACAUAUCACAAAUAAAUGUAUUUUUCUUGUAAUGUAUCAGCACAAUAAACAAUAACGCUCUCUUCUAGCUAUUGAAUUGCAUUAUCGUAAUUGGAA